AUGUACGACGAUACGGGGUACUUCGAACCUUCUCCCGAUCCCGGUCUCAUGGGGGGGGCGUUUCUGGGUUGCCCGCCGGAGACCUGCUCGAGCAACAUCAACAAUGGUGGCGCCGCUAGCCUGGGCUUCUCCCUGGAAGACCCCGCCGUGGACCUCGACCACCUGCAGCACCACUUCCGGCUCGAUCUCGAGCAGAGCUUCCACGGGCACCUCAUGCAGGAGGCCGGCGGCGCCGCCCCUGACCUCCUCAACCUCCUCCACGCGCCGAUGUGCGGAGCGGCGCCGUCAGCGAUGGUGCCGCCGGGGGGGAGAGUUGGCGGGUUUCCCAUGGAGGCGUUCGCCGGAGAGCUGCCGUCGCCGGCGGGGGAGUACGCGGCGGCGGCGCCGAGCCUGCUGAGGGAUCUGUUCCACUCGCUACCGCAGAAUUAUGGGCUGUUCUACGGGGCGGAGGAGAGAGCAGGGGCGGCGGUGGAGGGGAUGGGGGAUGUGUUCAGGGAGGGAGAAGGGGGGAUGUUCGAGGAGGGGGUGUUCGACUUCAGGAAGGAGGGGAGGGGGAAGGGGAAGGGGAGCUUCCCCACGGAGAAGCAGCGGAGGGCGCAGAUCAACGAGAAGUAUGAUAUACUCAAGCUGCUGGUUCCUAACCCCACCAAGGUGAGCAACAUCCUUCGUCUCUUUCUCUCUCUUUUGAUUUGGUCGCCAUGCAUGCGUCCCUCCCUGCCUGCUCCCUCGUUCUGUUUCAAAGCUACUAUCAUCUACACUCUCUCUCUCUCUCUCUCUCUCUCUCCCUCUCUCCCUCUCUCCCUCUCUCCCUCUCUCCCUAUCUCUCCCUCCCUCUCUCUCUCUCUGCAGAGAGCAAUCGGUGCCAGAGUUUGUUUGUCUGUCUGUCUCUCACUUACGACAUAGUAUACACACCAAUCUAUCCAUCUCUAUCUUUCACUCCCAUUCUCUCUCGUAUCCUCUCUCUAUCGCAACCACUCUCUUUCCAUAAUCCUCAGUAGAAAGGACCUCUCUCUCUCUCUCUCUCUCGCUAUCCAUCUAUCUAUCUAUCUAUCUGAUAUACACACCGUCCCUCUCAUAUUCUCAGUAGCGAGGACCUCACAGAAGAGCCUCUCUCUAGCGCUUUCCCGUAUUCUCGGUCUAAAAGGCCGAAUACCCCUCUCCCUCCCUCUCUCUCUCUCCCUCUCUCUCUCUCUCUCUCUCCCCCUCUCUCUCUCUCCCCCCCUCUCUCUCUCUCUCCCCCUUGUAGACGGUAAUUCGUCUCCCAUUCUCUCUCUCAAUAUAUAUCCCAUCUUUCUCCAUAUGGAAGUGCUGCAGGCACAUAGAUAUCAAUACUUGCUUUCUAUAAUCCGCAGUAGCAAGGGCAUUUCUCUCUCUCUCUCUCUCUCUCUCUCUCUCAGAGUCUCCUCCGUCUUCUUCCACAGGCUGACAGGGCCUCCGUGGUGAGCGACACCAUCGAUUACAUCAACGAGCUGAAGCGGACCAUCGAGGAGCUGACCAUCCUCGUCGAGAACAAGAAACACGGCCGGAGCAAGAGGAGGAAGACGGAGGACGCCGCCGCCGCCGCCGCCGCCGACAUGGAGAGCUCCUCCCUGAGGCCCCUCGCGGCGGACGUCGACCUCCCAUUCGCCGGUUCCCUGAGGAGCUCCUGGCUCCAGCGCCGCUCAAAGGAGACCUUCGUCGACGUCCGCAUAGUUGACGACGAGGUCAACGUCAAGGUGACCCGGAGGAAGAAGCCCAACUGCCUCCUGCUGGCCUCCAGGGCCAUCGACGACCUCCGCCUGGACCUCCUCCACGCUUCGGGGGGCCACAUCGGCGACUGCUACGUCUUCAUGUUCAACACCAAGGUUUGACUUCGUCACUUCUCCCUCUUCAUUUCCCAUCAACUCUCCAACCCGUACAAAUUAGCCUAUUUAGAUCAUAAACUCAAACUCUCUCUCUCUCUCUAAACUCCUAUUUAGAUCAUAAAUCCGACGUUUGACUUUUGGCUUACAUCUCCCUCUUCAUUUCCCCUUCAACACCAAGGUUUGACUUUUGUCACUUCUCCCUCUUCAUUUCCCAUCAACUCUCCGACCCAUACAAAUUAACCUAUUUAGAUCAUAAAGUCAAACUCUCUCUCUCUCUCUCUCUCUCUCUCUCUCUCUCUCUCUCUCUCUCUAAACUCCUAUUUAGAUCAUAACUCCGAAGUUUGACUUUUGUUACUACUCUUUCCUGUUUUCCUCUGAACUCCCUCUCUCACUGUCUGUGUGGGUAUACAGAGAGAGAGAGAGGAAGAAGAAGAAGGGGGUUAGAACUAGGGUUUUGACGGACGAACACAAGUGUUCUUCACCUUCUUCUAUCUGCAGAUCUCGGAGGGCUCUUCCGUGUACGCGAGCGCGGUCGCCAAGAAGCUGCUCGAAGCCAUGGACAGACCGGCCCCGGCUUCCCCCCACAGAUUCUAG